AUGAACUUCCGCAAGGAUCUGGCCGCCCGCUGCUCGUCGUCCUGCAUGAUCGGGGCGUUCACAGCACUGUGCGUGGCCAUCCUGCUGGUGGUCCUGCUGAGCAUCACCGGAGUGGUGAACUGGUCCCAUCCGGCGCCCUGCACCGUUCUAGUCGGCAACGAGGCCUCCGAGGUCACGGCUGCCAAGAGCACGAACACGGACCUCUCGAAACUGCACAACUCCUCGGUACGCGCCAAGAACGGACAAGGCACUGGAACCGCACAAGGCCAAGGACUCGCCGGAGGCGCUGGCGGAGGAUCAUCGGGGGCCGCCGUCACGACGGCCACAUCGAACAGCGGAACGGCCCAGGGACUACAGUCGACGUCCGCCUCCUCCGCAGAGGCCACGUCCUCGGCGGCCACCUCAUCCUCGCAGUCCUCCCUGACGCCUUCGACGUCGCUCUCCUCAUCCCUGGCGAAUGCCAAUAAUGGAGGAGCCCGCACCUUCCCGGCACGCAGCUUCCCACCGGACGGCACCACCUUUGGCCAGAUAACGCUCGGCCAGAAGCUGACAAAGGAGAUCCAGCCGUACAGCUACUGGAACAUGCAGUUCUACCAGUCGGAGCCGGCAUACGUCAAGUUUGACUACACCAUACCGCGCGGAGCCUCGAUCGGGGUGUACGGACGCCGCAACGCCCUGCCCACGCACACCCAGUACCACUUCAAGGAGGUGCUCAGCGGCUUCAGCGCCAGCACACGCACAGCACGGGCUGCUCACCUGUCCAUAACGCGGGAGGUUACACGCUACAUGGAGCCGGGUCAUUGGUUCGUCUCGCUCUACAACGAUGACGGGGAUGUGCAGGAACUGACCUUCUACGCGGCCAUAGCCGAGGACAUGACCCAGAACUGCCCGAACGGGUGCUCCGGCAACGGGCAGUGCCUGCUGGGGCACUGCCAGUGCAACCCCGGCUUCGGAGGUGACGACUGCAGCGAGAGCGUCUGCCCGGUGCUGUGCUCGCAGCACGGCGAGUACAUCAACGGCGAGUGCAUCUGCAAUCCCGGCUGGAAGGGCAAGGAGUGCUCGCUGCGGCACGACGAGUGCGAGGUGGCCGACUGCAAUGGGCAUGGCCACUGCGUCAGCGGCAAAUGCCAAUGCAUGCGCGGCUACAAGGGGAAAUUCUGUGAAGAAGUGGACUGCCCGCACCCGAACUGCUCGGGCCAUGGAUUCUGCGCCGACGGCACCUGCAUCUGCAAGAAGGGCUGGAAGGGACCGGACUGCGCCAUCAUGGACCAGGACGCCCUACAGUGCCUGCCCGACUGCUCGGGCCACGGCAGCUUCGACCUAGACACCCAGACCUGCUCCUGCGAGGGCAAGUGGAGCGGCGACGAUUGCUCCAAGGAGCUGUGCGACCUCGACUGCGGCCAGCACGGACGCUGCGAGGGCGAUGCCUGCGCCUGCGACCCCGAAUGGGGCGGCGAGUACUGCAACACGAAGCUCUGCGACGGCCGCUGCAACGAGCACGGCCAGUGCAAGAACGGAACGUGCCUCUGUGUGACCGGGUGGAAUGGCAAGCACUGCACCAUCGAGGGCUGUCCCAACAGCUGCGCCGGACACGGCCAGUGCAGGGUGAGCGGCGAGGGUCAGUGGGAGUGCCGCUGCUACGAGGGCUGGGACGGACCGGACUGUGGCAUCGCACUGGAGCUCAACUGCGGCGACAGCAAGGACAAUGACAAAGAUGGCCUGGUUGACUGCGAGGAUCCCGAGUGCUGUGCCAGCCACGUGUGCAAGACCUCCCAGCUGUGCGUGUCGGCGCCGAAGCCCAUCGAUGUGCUGCUGCGGAAGCAGCCGCCGGCCAUUACCGCCUCCUUCUUCGAGCGGAUGAAGUUCCUCAUCGACGAGAGCAGCCUGCAGAACUACGCCAAGCUGGAGACCUUCAACGAGAGCCGAUCGGCAGUAAUCCGCGGACGCGUCGUCACCUCGCUGGGCAUGGGCCUGGUGGGUGUCCGAGUCUCGACGACCACUCUACUGGAGGGCUUCACGCUGACCCGCGACGACGGCUGGUUCGAUCUCAUGGUUAAUGGUGGAGGGGCUGUCACCCUGCAGUUCGGACGAGCGCCCUUCCGGCCCCAGUCGCGCAUUGUGCAGGUGCCCUGGAACGAGGUGGUCAUCAUCGACGUGGUGGUUAUGAGCAUGUCCGAGGAGAAGGGCGUGGCCACGACAACGACGCACACGUGCUUCUCGCACGACUACGACCUGAUGAAGCCCGUGGUGCUCGCCUCCUGGAAGCACGGCUUCCAAGGAGCCUGUCCCGACCGCAGUGCCAUUCUCGCAGAGUCGCAGGUCAUCCAGGAAUCGCUUCAGAUUCCCGGCACAGGACUGAAUCUGGUCUAUCAUUCGUCCCGCGCCGCCGGCUAUCUGUCCACGAUCAAGCUGCAACUGACCCCCGACACAAUACCCGCCACGCUGCACCUCAUCCACCUCCGCAUCACCAUUGAAGGUAUCCUCUUCGAGCGCGUCUUCGAGGCCGAUCCGGGCAUUAAGUUCACGUACGCCUGGAACCGGCUCAACAUCUACAGGCAGCGCGUCUACGGCGUGACCACGGCGGUGGUCAAGGUCGGCUACCAAUACACGGACUGCAAGGACACCGUUUGGGAUAUCCAGACCACCAAGCUGAGUGGCCACGACAUGUCCAUCUCGGAGGUGGGCGGCUGGAACCUAGACAUCCACCAUCGCUACAACUUCCACGAGGGCAUCCUGCAGAAGGGCGACGGCUCGAACAUCUACCUGCGGAACAAGCCCCGCAUCAUCCUCACCACCAUGGGCGAUGGCCACCAGCGACCUCUCGAGUGCCUGGACUGCGACGGCCUGGCCAUGAAGCAGCGUCUGCUCGCCCCCGUCGCUCUGGCUGCCGCCCCCGAUGGCAGUCUCUUUGUCGGCGACUUCAACUACAUCCGGCGCAUAAUGACCGACGGCAGCAUCCGCACCGUCGUCAAGCUGAAUGCCACUCGCGUGUCCUACCGCUACCACAUGGCCCUGAGUCCGCUCGACGGCACUCUGUAUGUCUCCGACCCGGAGUCGCACCAGAUCAUCCGUGUGCGCGACACCAACGACUACUCGCAGCCGGAGCUGAACUGGGAGGCGAUCGUGGGUUCCGGCGAGCGCUGCUUGCCCGGAGACGAGGCCCACUGCGGGGACGGAGCAUUAGCGAAGGACGCCAAGCUGGCGUACCCCAAGGGCAUUGCCAUCUCCAGCGACAACAUCCUGUACUUUGCGGACGGAACGAACAUCCGGAUGGUGGAUCGGGACGGCAUCGUGAGCACCCUCAUCGGCAACCACAUGCACAAGUCGCACUGGAAGCCCAUACCCUGCGAGGGCACCCUCAAGCUGGAGGAGAUGCACCUGCGCUGGCCCACCGAGCUGGCCGUUUCGCCCAUGGACAACACCCUGCACAUCAUCGACGACCACAUGAUCCUGCGCAUGACCCCAGACGGACGCGUUCGAGUGAUCUCCGGUCGGCCGCUGCACUGCGCCACUGCCUCCACGGCCUACGACACGGAUCUGGCCACACACGCCACCCUGGUGAUGCCACAAUCCAUAGCAUUCGGACCCCUCGGAGAGCUAUUCGUGGCCGAGAGCGACUCGCAAAGGAUCAACCGCGUGCGAGUGAUCGGAACGGACGGACGCAUUGCACCGUUCGCGGGCGUCGAGUCCAAGUGCAACUGCCUGGAGCGCGGAUGCGACUGCUUUGAGGCGGAGCACUACCUAGCCACAAGCGCCAAGUUCAACACCAUUGCCGCCCUGGCCGUCACCCCCGACGGACACGUACACAUUGCCGACCAGGCCAACUACCGCAUACGGUCCGUGAUGUCGAGCAUUCCCGAGGCGAGCCCCUCGCGGGAGUACGAGAUCUACGCGCCGGACAUGCAGGAGAUCUACAUCUUCAACAGGUUCGGGCAGCACGUCUCCACGCGCAACAUCCUCACCGGAGAGACCACGUACGUGUUCACCUACAACGUGAACACCUCCAACGGCAAGCUGAGCACCGUCACGGAUGCGGCCGGCAACAAGGUGUUCCUGCUGCGCGACUACACCUCGCAGGUGAACUCCAUCGAGAACACCAAGGGCCAGAAGUGCCGCCUGCGCAUGACCCGCAUGAAGAUGCUGCACGAGCUGAGCACGCCGGACAACUACAACGUCACCUACGAGUACCACGGCCCCACGGGACUCCUCAAGACCAAACUGGACUCCACCGGACGCUCAUAUGUCUACAACUACGACGAGUUCGGCCGCCUCACCUCUGCCGUGACGCCUACCGGAAGGGUCAUCGAACUGAGCUUCGACCUGAGCGUGAAGGGAGCCAUGGUGAAGGUGUCGGAGAACUCCCAGAAAGAGCAGUCGAUGCUGAUCCAGGGAGCCACGGUCAUCGUGAAGAACGGAGCCGCCGAGUCGCGCACCACCGUCGACAUGGACGGCUCCACGACCAGCAUUACGCCCUGGGGACACACCCUCCAAAUGGAGGUGGCCCCGUACACAAUUCUGGCCGAACAGAGUCCCCUGCUAGGCGAGAGCUACCCCGUGCCGGCCAAGCAGCGCACAGAGAUCGCUGGGGAUCUGGCCAACCGCUUCGAGUGGCGCUACUUCGUGCGUCGCCAGCAGCCGCAGCUGCCGGGCAAGCAGAACAAGGCAACGCCACGCCCCGUCACCGAGGUGGGACGCAAGCUGCGCGUGAACGGAGACAAUGUGCUGACCCUGGAAUACGAUCGCGAGACCCAGUCUGUGGUGGUGAUGGUGGACGACAAGCAGGAGCUGCUGAACGUCACCUACGACCGCACCUCGCGCCCCAUCAGCUUCCGGCCGCAAUCGGGCGACUAUGCGGACGUCGAUCUGGAGUACGAUCGCUUCGGGCGGCUGGUUAGCUGGAAGUGGGGCGUGCUCCAGGAGGCCUACUCCUUCGAUCGCAACGGCCGCCUCAACGAGAUCAAGUACGGCGACGGCUCGACCAUGGUCUAUGCCUUCAAGGAUAUGUUCGGAUCGUUGCCAUUGAAGGUGACCACGCCGCGCCGCUCGGACUAUCUGCUGCAGUACGACGAUGCCGGGGCUCUGCAGAGUCUGACCACGCCGCGUGGCCACAUCCACUCGUUCUCGCUGCAGACGUCGCUGGGCUUCUUCAAGUACCAGUACUACUCGCCCAUUAACCGCCAUCCCUUCGAGAUUCUGUACAACGACGAGGGCCAGAUCCUAGCCAAGAUCCACCCCCACCAAUCCGGCAAGGUUGCCUUUGUGCACGACGCCGCCGGACGCCUGGAGACAAUUCUGGCGGGACUCUCGAGCACCCACUACACCUACCAAGACACCACCAGCCUGGUAAAGUCCGUGGAGGUGCAGGAGCCCGGCUUCGAGCUGCGCCGCGAAUUCAAGUACCACGCCGGCAUCCUCAAGGACGAGAAGCUGCGGUUCGGCUCCAAGAACUCGCUGGCCUCGGCCCACUUCAAGUACGCCUACGACGGCAACGCCAGAUUAAGCGGCAUCGAGAUGGCCAUCGACGACAAGGAGCUGCCCACGACCCGUUACAAGUACAGCCAGAACCUGGGACAGCUGGAGGUCGUUCAGGACCUGAAGAUAACACGCAACGCGUUCAACCGCACGGUCAUCCAGGACUCGGCCAAGCAAUUCUUCACCAUUGUGGACUACGACCAGCACGGUCGCGUCAAGAGUGUGCUCAUGAACGUCAAGAACAUCGACGUGUUCCGCCUGGAGCUGGACUACGACCUGCGAAACCGCAUCAAGUCGCAGAAGACGACCUUUGGCCGGUCCACGGCCUUCGACAAGAUCAACUACAAUGCCGAUGGCCACGUGAUCGAGGUCCUGGGCACCAACAACUGGAAGUAUUUGUACGACGAGAAUGGCAACACUGUGGGCGUUGUGGAUCAGGGGGAGAAGUUCAAUCUGGGCUACGACAUCGGGGAUCGCGUGAUCAAGCUGGGCGACGUGGAGUUCAACAACUACGAUGCCCGCGGCUUUGUGGUGCGUCGAGGGGAGCAGAAGUACCGGUACAACAACCGCGGACAGCUGAUCCACGCCUUCGAGCGCGAGCGGUUCCAGAGCUGGUACUACUAUGACGACCGCAGCCGCCUGGUGGCCUGGCACGACAACAAGGGCAACACUACACAGUACUACUACGCCAAUCCGCGGACCCCGCACCUGGUCACGCAUGUGCACUUCCCCAAGCUAGGCAAGACCAUGAAGUUCUACUACGACGACCGCGACAUGCUGAUUGCCCUGGAGAACGCCGAUCAGAGGUACUAUGUCGCCACCGAUCAGAACGGCUCGCCCCUGGCCUUCUUCGACAUGAACGGCGGCAUCGUCAAGGAGCUUAAGCGCACUCCGUUCGGGCGCAUCAUCAAGGACACCAAGCCCGACUUCUUUGUGCCCGUUGACUUCCACGGCGGUCUGAUCGAUCCACACACCAAGCUGAUCUACACGGAGCAGCGGCAGUACGAUCCCCACGUGGGUCAAUGGAUGACACCGCUCUGGGAGACCCUUGCCACCGAAAUGUCCCACCCCACGGAUGUGUUCAUCUACCGGUACCACAACAACGACCCCAUCAACCCGAACAAGCCGCAGAACUACAUGAUCGACCUGGACGCCUGGCUGCAGCUGUUCGGCUACGACCUGGACAACAUGCAGAGCACCCGCUACACCAAACUGGCCCAGUACACUCCCCAGGCUUCCAUCAAAUCGAACACGCUGGCCCCCGACUUUGGCGUCAUCUCCGGGCUGGAGUGCAUUGUGGAAAAGACGAGCGAGAAGUUCAGUGACUUUGAUUUCGUGCCCAAGCCGCUGCUUAAGAUGGAGCCAAAGAUGCGCAACCUCCUGCCGCGCGUCAGCUACCGUCGCGGUGUCUUUGGCGAGGGCGUGCUGCUCUCGACGAUCGGCGGACGGGCCCUGGUCAGCGUUGUGGAUGGAGCCAAUAGCGUGGUGCAGGACGUUGUGAGCAGUGUGUUCAACAACUCCUUCUUCCUGGACCUGCACUUCAGCAUACACGACCAGGACGUCUUCUACUUUGUGAAGGACAAUGUGCUGAAGCUACGCGACGACAACGAGGAGCUGCGUCGCCUGGGCGGCAUGUUCAACAUAUCAACACACGAGAUCAGCGAUCACGGCGGCAGUGCGGCCAAGGAGCUGCGCCUCCACGGCCCCGAUGCGGUGGUGAUCAUCAAGUACGGCGUGGAUCCCGAGCAGGAGCGUCAUCGCAUACUCAAGCAUGCCCACAAGCGAGCCGUGGAGAGGGCCUGGGAGCUGGAGAAGCAGCUGGUAGCUGCCGGCUUCCAGGGUCGCGGUGACUGGACCGAGGAGGAGAAGGAGGAGCUCGUCCAACACGGCGACGUCGAUGGAUGGAUUGGCAUUGACAUACACAGCAUUCACAAGUAUCCCCAGCUGGCCGACGAUCCCGGCAACGUGGCCUUCCAGCGCGAUGCCAAGCGCAAGCGCCGCAAGACAGGAAGCAGCCACAGAUCCAGCUCCAGCCGGCGCCAACUCAGGGUCGGCGAGCCGAAUGCGUGAGUCGAGGAGGACAAAGAGGAGCAGCAGCUUGAGCCCGAGCCCAAGACCGAUCUCGAGCCCGAGCUCGAUGUGGAGCUGGAGAGUGAAGCGGCCGAUGGGGAGUAUGGCGAGCAGGAGGACUACUUAAUAGCCGUGGGCAGAAAGGAGCAGAGGGACAGCAGCGAGACGGCUGAGGAGCAGAUUUUGUAAUUAGGUGAAAUACGCAACAGCGACAACCACAACCACAGCAGCACAAUGACACAUGACAAGAGAACACACAAGAGAACAUUCAACAAAACACUUAUUAAUAUGAACUUUGAUCAAGCUUAAAGUUUAGUAUUAGUCACCAGGCCACCCAGCCCAGAUGUGUAACGGCACCGGCACUGGUAUGUGCACCGGAACCGAACAGAAAUAUGUAUGUGUAUGUUGAUGUUGAGUUUAGGCUUACAAUAGGCGUAGUCCAUGUGUGUAAUGUUUACUGGAAUUUUUUUUUAGAAUUUAAGUCAGUGUCCUUCCGGACAACAGCCUGCUUGCAGUUGCAUUGGCAUUGGCAUUGGCAUUGGCAUCCACAUGUACGCUACAAGAGCGUAUUGAUGAAUCUAAUGCAUCAGCAGAGGGACAGAGCUCCGAAUGGAGUGGAACAGAACAAAAUAGAACAGAAUAAAACAGAGCAAUGCUCGUAUUGUUUGAUCGCGAGCCUAUUUUGUGUCUGGUCUACCCAUUGGCCCAUUAGCAUUUGGAUGUCGAACGAUGAGUAUUACACAGCAAAAUAUGCAUACGAAUAAGUAAAGAUGUUAAUCUAACAGUUGAAUAAAUGUAAAGAGAUUAAAGGCAACCAGUAGUAGCCCUAGCCCCUAGCCCCUAGCCCCUAGCCCCUAGCCCCUAGCCCCUAGCCCCUAGACCCUAGCCUAGCCCCCACUCAUGGCUUGAAAGCUGCUUCACUUUCGUAAUGCUUUGUGUAUAUACGACUACGACUACUUUACUAUAUGCUUUAACUAUCGAUCAGCGCGUUUAUUUUUCUUUCAAACACGUACUUCUUUUCAACGAAAAAGAUACUUUACCCGAAUGCUCGAAUUUAAAUUACUCAGAAGCGUCUUCUUUGUUUGGAUAGCUGAGAAUCAAAAGGAAUCUUUAGACAUACAGACAGACAGACAGUCCCCCUUCAAAGCAAUGCAAUGCAAUACUCUAUCGACUCUUU